GAAAGAGAGAGAAAACGCACAAAAAAUCUGACAAGUCACAUCAGCUGAUGCAUAUGCACACGUGGAUGAAAGAGCCAAUUCGUGUCAACUGUUAAAAAUCAAGUACUUAUUUCAAUUUAUCACAAUACAGUAUAGACUAUAAUGUUAGGAAAGCUUUUCUUCGAGUUCUUACCGAUUAUUUAUCGUUGCAAACUUGUGACGGAACUAAAGUUUGUGAACAUCUUCAAGCACAAUGUUAAACGCGAAUACGGAACGUCGUCCGCUUUAUAUGCUGCAGCGAACAGCAUGUCGCUUGUGGAUGAGGAACUGCGGGAAAUUUUUAAAUUUAAGGACACCAAGAUUAGCAACUGGAUCAUAGAGAACAAGGCACGUGCGUUUUGCGUCAAAUAUACUGUAAGCAACAAGGAUAAUCGCCAACGGAUUUUGCGCACAUUAGCUUCGCAGUAUGCUGUACAACACAAUGCUGUAUGUCAAGUGGCCAAAAAAUUAAUUUGCACCGAGUUUUUAUUGCAGUCUGAAAAUGAACGACAGAUAAUCAUCUACGAGAAAACCUUGAAGGACGUUCUUACACCUGCUUAUCACUGGUUAUUCAUUAUUAUAGGAAGAUUGCAGCACGGCGUCAAAUUCUUAGUUGAUUUAAGAACUGACAUUCUGGAACUGAUGUCAGAGGUAAAGGAUGCCAAUGAAAAUGUAAUAAUACAGCAACUAAAUCACACUUUGCGAGAUUUAUUCUUACUCUGGUUUUCCGUGGGUUUCCUACAUAUGGAACGAAUAACAUGGGAAAGUGCAUGCGAUAUAUUGCAAAAAGUCUCUGAUUAUGAGGUUAUACAUCCUAUGAGAAAUUGGUUGGAUUUGAAACGCAGAGUUGGACCAUACAGAAGAUGUUAUAUAUUCAUGCACCCAUCCAUGCCGAGAGAACCUAUUGUUGUAUUACAUACGGCAUUAUGUGAUAUUAUACCAGAUAGCGUAAAAGGUAUUGAAGAAGCUGAAACUAGAAUUCUGGGAGGUACAAAGAAAUGCCUAACAUUUCUCGAGGAAGAUAAAUCGAAAAUAAAAGCGGCAAUAUUUUAUUCCAUAGCAUCUACGCAGAAAGGAUUGCAGGGGAUUGAACUUGGUAAUUAUUUGAUAAAAAGAGUAGCCAACGAGAUUACGACCGAGUUCCCAGCUGUACAACAAUUAUCCAGUUUGUCACCGAUACCAAAUUUUAAGUCUUGGCUACUUGAUAAAUUAAAACAAGACAUAGCAUUUAUAUUUACCACACAAGAACAUAGAAUUGCAAAAGAUAUUUUACAAACUGAGGAAAAUGAGCUAUUAAUCUUAAAAAAGAUCCUGAGUACUUCGUUGUGGACAAAAGAUAAACAACUGGCAGAAUUUUUAAAGGAGCCGCUACUUCGAGCAUGCGCAUGGUACUUAUAUAAAGAGAAAAGACGUGGUUACGCUUUAAAUACGGUCGCUAAUUUCCAUUUGCGUAACGGAGCUGUGAUGUGGCGAAUAAACUGGAUGGCUGAUCCUUCGCCGCAUGGAGUAGCAAACAGUUGCGGUAUAAUGAUCAAUUAUAGGUAUUUCUUAGAAGAUUGUGAGAAAAACAGUCGAAAUUACAUUGAAUAUUUUGUCAUAAAUGCUACAGAAGAUAUAAUUAACCUUGCGGUGCAAGCGGAAAAAUUAAGAAUUGCAUUAUAAUGUGAAUUAUAAUAUAAUUGUAAAAAUAUCGUAAGAAUGUAAUAAUUAUUGCAAUUACGAAAAAAUGUUACUAAAGUAAUAAUGAACUCGCGUAAAGUAAUAAUGAACUCGCGUAAAGUAAUAAUGAACUCGCGUAAAGUAAUAAUGAACUCGCGUAAAGAGACGCGGUCUCUUCUCGCUGCGCGUUCACUUGGCGCGAUACGUGAUCGCGUCUCUUGAUGAUGACAAUUGAUAAUGAAUUAUGAUCGACAGCGAGGCAAAGGUAUCUAAUUUAUUGAUUAAAAAAUUCUCUUUAUUACUCUUCAAAUUUUAUGUUUUUAUUAAAGAUUAUUAAAUUUGUUCAUUUAUACAAUAGCUGAUUCGUUUCCAGCUUAAAGACAGCACAAUGGUCUGCAGACAAGUCUAGAACAAAUAAUAUAAUUUUUAUUUAAAGAUUAUUUUCAUUGCUUUUUUUGCAGAUCAAUCGCAGAGAACACAACAGUGAGAAAAAAAUCGAAAAGUAUAAUCGAAGGGUUUCUUUUAGAGAUUAAAUUUUUUUGCUUCUUAAAAACUUGUGUUUUUGGACUUGUUUGAUUUUUUGUAGGAAACCCUUUAAUUGUAUUGUUGAACGAUACUAAAAAGUAUUGAACUUCUUUUCUAUUCAUUUUUAUUGAUACUUAAAUAUAUGUAUGUGCGUACGUAUGAAUACGCAUGUAAAGGAAAAAUUGAAAUUAAAUUGCAUACCUGUAGUCAA